AUGCCUGUACGAUUGCAUAGACUGAAACCAACAAUUUCACACCCUGUGUUCUUUAUUAUUUUUUCUAAAAUUUUUAAUUUGAUUAUUGCUUCUGGUCAAUUACGUUUUCAUUUGGCUAUUCUUAAUAUUUCUGAACAUGGAAUAAAUGACAACAAUGUUUCUAAUCCUAUUAAAAGUUGUUACUGUAUUAAUGGCGGUAAAUGUAUUGAAAAUAAAUGUGUUUGUCCCAUUGGCUAUUGGGGAGAGAAUUGUGAAAAGUGUAUUCCUAACUCAAGAUGCAAAGGAUUUUGUCGUCGAGGACCUGGUGAAUGUACUUGCCCCUUUGGAAAGGGAGGACAAUUUUGUGAAAAAGAUUUGGUAUUCUGCACUAAAAAUUCACCCUGUCAGAAUGGUGGAAUAUGCCAAAAUAAUGCUGAAGGAAAUUAUACUUGUAAAUGUAUUCCCGGUUUUGGCGGCAGAAAUUGUGAAAGAAAAUUAACAAAAUGUGAAGAAGAACCAUGCUAUAAUGGGGCAAAAUGCAUUCCAUCGUUUUCCUAUCCUGGAUUCCGCUGUUUGUGUCCUUCUCUACUUGGUCUUUAUGGCCGUUUUUGUGAAAUAAAAGCUCCAAAUGGGUGUCUUGAUUUACCUUGCCAAAAUGGCGGUUCUUGUAUUGACUGUUCAAAUAAUAUCCGCAACAAUACGUUUAAAUGUAUAUGUCCAGAAGGAUGGACUGGACCUCUAUGUGAAGUGCCCUGGGGAUAUUGUAGUGAAAAUCCUUGUCAAAAUGGUGGUUCUUGUGUAACAGAUAAUUUGAAUGAAAAGGGAUAUGUUUGCUUUUGUAAGCCUGGUUGGUCUGGUGUUAAUUGUGAAGAUAAGAUCAAUAAUUGUUUGAUAAAUCCAUGCUUAAAUGGAGGAAUUUGUUUUAAUUCAAUGAAUGCCUUUCGCUGUUAUUGUACAAAUCAAUGGGAAGGUGAAAUUUGUCAAAACAGGAUCCAGAGGCAGUUAAGAGAUUAUAAACGGUUAGUAUUUUCAUGA